AAUCACACGGGUGGCCCUCCCAGCACGCGCCUCCUAUAAAUACCUGAGCACCGCGACCCUUCCCCCCGAGUAUCGGCCAGACUUGCUGUAGUUGUGCAUCCUCCUCGCUCCUCGUCCACGACAGAACCCAGCCUCUCAAACACUUGUUCGUCGCCUGCUGUCCCGUCAUCGACCUCCAGACCAACACAAUGAUCCGCACGCUCCUCGUCGCCUUCAUCGUCGCCGCCAACUUGGUGUCCAUGGCAACGUCCAGCAUUAGUCCGGUCGUGCCUCUCGGCAAUAUGGCGCCGGAGCACGCCUGCUACUUCCUGUGCGACAUCUGCUUCAACCACUCACCAGACGACAUGAUGUUCUGUGCCAACCACGUGUGUCAGAAGCUGGAGGGCGGCAACUGUGCUUUGUUGGAGAUGCUGUGGCUGGGGAACAGAUGCAGCAACUUCCCGGCAGUGGAACAGUUGUGGGGCUCGCAGAACAAACACUAGGGGCUGGUGCAGGAUGGCCGGCUGUGUCCACUGACCAGUGGAAUGAAGGAAGGAAAGACUGUUUUCUAGGGUAAAACUGUAUUAGACUUAUCCCCGUUAUUCUGACUGUCAGUUCUGGUAAUUUACGACAAUCUACUGAUUUAUGACAUUUCAGUUCUGAAAACUGCCGCUACAUCAUUUCUGGAUUUAUUUAUUUCCUUAUUUCUCUGUGGGUUUUUUUUUUCGUAUGCAUCAGACGAUCAAUCUCCUUGAAAUGAAAUUCAUGAACUAACAGAAAAGUUUAGAUACAAGUUUCUAAGCAUCAGAAUGAUUAAAUAUUAAGCUGGCUUUGCGUGUAGCCGAUGAUUAAAGAAAUAUACAAAAUUGUAAAUGGAAUGUGAAAAAAAAUUUAAAUGACCGUUAUUGGAAUGAAAUGAGCUUAUCCUUUUUUUUCAAAAGUUUUUUUCAAUCUUGAUUUUUUUUCACUCGUGUAUUUUGAGGAAUUUUUUUUUUAGGGGAGAGGUUGGCAUGUUUGUCCUAAUAAAAUUAGUCAAUAUUGGUUCUGCGCAUGCUAAUAAAGGAUUUGUUGUAAAAAGAA